AUGUUCUUUGCUCCUUGUGGAAGGUGUGAGGUCCUGAAGCAGCAGCCCUUCUCAGCCUGCCACCUGGUGGUGGACCCAGAGCCCUACAUCUCAGCCUGCAGCAGCAGCCUCUGCAGAUACCCCUCUGUGGAUGGAUUCAACUGUGACCUCCUGGAGGCCUACAGCAGGGCCUGCUCCAUGCACCGGGUCCAAGUGGAAGACUGGAGGACCCAGACCAAAUGUGCUGAAACCCACGCCACUUGUCAGGAAAUGUACUGCAGCGAGCACGAGUUUUGUGGAGAAAAACACAACGGAUGGGAAUCUGGAUGGGGGCCCACGCGGUGCCGGGGCCUCGGAGCCACCCUGACCAUGGCCACGUGUCUCCUGGAGGAACGUGGCGUUGACUACAACACUCUGCACAUGAACGACCAGUCCUGCGUGGGGCGCGUGGACAACGUCACUCACAUGGUCACGUUCAGCUUCGACGAGAUCAACACCUGUGGCUCCGUGGUCAAGUCAAAUGGCAGUAACAUCAUCUACGAAAACUCCAUAAAGACACAGAACAGCUCCAACUUUGGAAUCAUAACCAGACAUGAAGAUGCACAGGUGCAGUUGUCCUGUCACAUCGAGCAGCCGGACACUCAGUCUGUGGGGAUCCGGGUCAAAGACAGCUCGGUCAUGAUGGAGAUGGAAUCUGGAGAAUGGAAAUACAACCUGACCAUGACUGUUUUCAUGGACGAGGAUCAUAAAAAGCUUCUGACCUCAGACAUGGAGAUAGAAGUCGACCAGCGGCUCUACCUGGAGCUGGCGGCGGAUGGUCUCGAUGAAAAGCUGCUGUCUCUGGUUCUGGACUCCUGCUGGGCGACUCCGGAGCCUUCACCCAAGAGCAGCUUGAAAUAUGGCAUUGUGGGAGGAGGUUGCCCAAAUCCACAGGACAAAUCUGUAACUAUCACGAACAACGGCGAAGGUUUGUCCGUGGACUUGUCCUUCAGCAUGUUCCAGUUCACGAGCCGCUCUGGGAACGUGUACCUGCACUGCCAAGCCACGCUCUGCGUCAAUGAGGAGGGCCCCUGUGCUCCUGUGGUGUCUACACAACAGAGCGAGGCUGUUGUGGUGUUUGUGUGUCUUCCUCUGGUGUAA